UAACUCCGCCGCGCAAAAUAAUGACAAUUCGGACCUACAUCUUUCGAGCGAAAGACGAAGGAAGGAUACACGUAACGGUGAACAAAAUCGAACACCUCGCCCCUUUCUCUUCUCUGUCCGGCGCAGUUACGUUGCCAUUCCUCCUCCACCAACUUUCAAGAAAACCUGCAACAUCAAGAUUUUCAGAAAUCUUCCCCAUCUAAAAAGUCCACCUUCAACUCACUCCUCCAUCUCCCACCAUUUCGUAUCAAACCUCAACUACCACACUAGAUGUUCCUCACCAGAAACUCAAUCGAGUUCUUACAAAAACUAAGUCGGUUGCUCCCCAUAAUUUCACAUGGUCAAACCAAGAACCCCGGAAUCUUGCUUCGCCGAUAUCUUGAUCCGAAGUCCUCUCUCGCCAUGAAACAGAGCAUCGCCGCCGCCCUGCCCAUGCCGCCGGUCCUCCUCCUCCUCUUGCUCUGCCUCUGCUCUUCCCCUGCCAGUUCCGACCUCGCCUCUGACAGAGCUGCCCUCAUCGCCCUCCGCUCCGCCCUGCACGGCCGCCCCCUCCUCUGGAACCUCUCCGCCUCCCCGUGCUCAUGGGAAGGCGUCAAGUGUGCCCUCGGCCGAGUCGUCGAGCUACGGAUGCCCGGGAUGGGCCUACGCGGCGAGCUGCCGGCCGGCGUCAUCGGCAACUUCACGGGACUCCAGACCCUGUCUCUCCGGUUCAACUCGCUGAGCGGCUCGCUCCCUCCCGACCUCGCCGGCCUCUCCUCUCUUCAAAACAUCUACUUGCAGGGCAAUAAAUUCUCUGGCCAAUUGCCGGACUUCUUGUUCUCCAUGCAGAGCCUGGUCCGCUUGAAUCUAGCUCUGAACGAGUUCGACGGCGUGAUCUCCACGCGGUUCAAUAACCUCUCCAGGCUGACCGUUCUGUAUUUAGAACAGAAUAACUUUACCGGGUCGAUUCCAGAGUUGAAUCUGAGGCUUGAUCAGUUCAACGUCUCGUUCAAUCAGCUGAGCGGGGCUGUUCCGACCCCAUUCUCGGGCAUGCCUAAGAGCGCUUUUGAGGGGAACUCGCUCUGCGGGAAGCCCCUGAGCCCUUGCAAUGUGACAGCGGCGACCGCUGGUCAUAAGUUGUCCCGCAGAGCGAUUGCGAGCAUCGCAGUGGCUUCCUUGCUGGUAUUGUUGCUGGUCCUCGUGAUCGUUCUAUUGAUAUGCUGCGUGAGGAGUGGCAAGAAGAAGCGCGACAAUUCGAAAAAGGCCGAAGCUCCGAAGCAACCCGAAAUUGGCAAUCGCGCCAUCGGGAAAACUAGCGAUGCUAGCGGGUUUAACAGCAUGGUGUUCAUAAGGAAGCAACGAGAGAAGAUGUUCGGCUUGGAAGACCUGUUGACGGCUUCAGCUGAGGUUCUAGGGAAGGGGACUUUCGGGACGACCUAUAAGGCUUCUCUGGGGGCCGGAAUCACCGUGGCCGUGAAGAGGCUGAAGGACGUGAGUGAUUCCGAGAUUGAGUUCGGAGAAAAAAUUAAGGAAAUCGGAUCGAUGAAUCACGAGGGCUUGGUGCCUUUGGUGGCUUACUAUUAUAGCAGAGGUGAGAAGCUUCUGGUUUAUGACUACAUUCCCACAGGAAGCUUGUCUGCUCUAUUGCACGAUGAUAACGGCGUUGGGUGGACACCGCUUAGUUGGGACACAAGGUGUCGCAUUGCGCUCAGGACCGCACAGGCGGUCGCGCACAUCCACUCAUGGGGUCCCGGGGCCUCCCACGGGAACAUAAAGUCGUCGAACGUCCUCCUGACCAAGUUAUACGAGCCCUGCCUCUCCGACUACGGUCUCGCCCGCCUCGCCGGCCCCGCCGUCUCCCCGAGCCGGUUCCAUGGGUACCGUGCCCCCGAAGUGAUAGACAUUCGGAUUGUGUCCCAGGAGGCCGACGUGUACAGCUUCGGUGUGCUAAUCCUGGAGCUCGUCACAGGGAAGGCUCCCUUGAUGUCGCUGCUGGCCGAGGAUGGGGUGGACCUCCCGAGGUGGGUCCGGGGGGCCGUUGAGCAAGACCCGACUGCCGAGGUGUUCGAUGCCGAGCUCCUGAGGUACCAGAAUGUGGAGGAGGACAUGAUACAAAUGCUGCAGAUUGGGAUUGAUUGCACUGAACAGAGUCCUGAUCAGAGGCCCUCCAUGGCACAGCUGACCAAAAGGAUGGAGAGCUUCUCUCAGUUUCAUUCUUUUCAAGAAGAAGACUAGGAUCAAUCUGUUAAAUGUGUUUUCAGGUUCAUUUUUAGAAUGAUUUUUCGAUUGAUUGAAUUGCAUUCUGAGUCUGCAUUUAAAGAACUGGAGAUGAUCAGAUUCGGCAGCAAAACAUUGGUGUUGGGGGGGUUUGAAAAUUUGAGUCAAAUUGUAAAUUCUUUUUUGCUAUUUCUUC